AUGUCAAGUUCCCCCAUAGACGAAUCUAACGACUCUAAAUGUCCCGUAGACCACAAUUCAAGAGAAGUUUGGUUAAAGCAUGCUGCUAUGAAACAACAACAACAAGAACAAGAGCAACAACAAGAGUCUAAAUGUCCAGUUGACCAUGAAUCAAGAGAGGUUUGGUUGAGUCAGGCGAAACAGGAUGUGGAAUGCUCAUCAGAACAAUUGGCAGCUACUCCAGAAUAUCAUACAAACGUUGCAUUGCCAGAAAAUCGUCAAAUUUCAUCAAUUCCCAGAACAGGAUCAGAAGCCAACUGGAUCUAUCCCUCUCAGAAGCAGUUUUACGAAGCCAUGUUAAGGAAAAACUGGGAUCCUCAUGCUCAAGACAUGCAAACUGUGGUGCCACUGCAUAAUUCGGUCAAUGAAAGAGUUUGGAAUUAUAUCAAAUUCUGGGAAAAGGACCAAGGUGGUGAAUCAUGUGGGGGAAUUCAGUUGACUAGUUUUAAAGGUGAUUCUAAGAAACUGACACCAAGAGCAUGGCUUAGAAGUCAAUUCCUGGGAUUCUCUAAACCAUUUGAUAGACACGAUUGGUCUAUCAAUCGCUGUGGUAAAAGCAUCGACUACGUUAUUGACUUCUACAGCGAUGAUGAUCAAGAGAAGGGCCCGCAGAUCUACUUGGAUGUACGUCCCAAACUAAACAGUGUGGAGGGGAUUAGAUUAAGAAUGCUUAAAUCGUUGGGAUUUUAA